CGGCAACGAAGUUACUCACGACCAGAUGCAGCUGCACGUGCUGUCACCUCUAGUUUGUUCACCCGCUCCCUAUGGCGAAUGAGAACCCACUCUGUAUGGACCAUCGCCCCAGCAAGCUUCUGGAUGAGCCCCACUGUCUUUGGGCCUUGUGCCAACAUCUUUGUUGCUGGGAAACUGUGCAGCGAAUGGCUAGAGGCAACCUUCGAUAUGCCAACAUCAGAACAUCCACAAGAACCCAAGUUAGCCGGGAAGAUGAGCUCCCAGCCUUGAACGUUGUGAAUGUGUCUGAGUGGUCUGAAUUGGACAUGGUCCCCGCAGGCAAAGUCACGCAGAAGAGGUUUAUCUCAGAAAAGGUCUCCACCAAGAUCCAGCACCCUUGUACUAGCUUAGACAGCGCUAUUCUGCAGCCGGUCCCCUGCGGCUUGGCCAACGUCCAUUUCCCGAAGCUUGUCUCUUCGCCUCCUGCUGUGCGCCCCGCCAGCAGCAAGGACAGCAAGACCAUAAAGCUGAGCCAGGCCUACAUCCAGCCCCUGGAGCCCUGCCCGGCCCCUGUAAUGAUCUGGGUCCCCAGCUCCCAGCACAUCACCCACAAGCCCCUGCAGUGGAGCUCGUGUGUAGGCCGCCUGGCAAAAUCUCCCCACGUGACAGUAAUGCAGAUCUCCUGCAGUUUUCCACCCCGGUUUGCUGACCCUAUGGACUGGAUGAAAUCAAAAACUGGAGCCAAGAGAGUCCAUUUCCAGGCCCCUGGAAAGCCAGAGGCCGGAGACGGUCCGAGCACAGAUGGCGAGCUGGACUCGGACGAGGCAGUGGAUGCACGGGGGGGCGACAUGCUUUUAGAGAAAAAGCCAGAGGUCCUCCGCAACUUGAGGCAGAGGAGGCAGCGAGGGACCUCCUCACGAGACGUCCUAGCGCCUGAUUACAUGCCAGACACCAAGGUGCAGACAGGGGGCGCUCUCUGGACACGUCUUUAAGCAUUUUAAAGUGGCAUAAAUAGAGAGCAGGUUUCCCUUCCCAGGAGCAGAGGCCUCGGGGCAGGGAGGGAAAUGGAAAGCCGUUAUCAGGAUGUCCCAUCGUGUGAAAGAAUGCAGCUCUCGU